AUGCCCCAGAAUCCCAUUCAAGUACUCGAAAUCUUUGACGUUUGGGGCAUUGAUUUCAUGGGACCUUUCCCUCCUUCGAGUGGGAAUAGGUACAUCCUUGUGGCGAUCGACUACGUUUCAAAGUGGGUGGAAGCUCAAGCUUUGCCUACUAACGACGCCCGAGUGGUGGUGAGAUUCUUGAAGAAGUUGUUAACGCGUUUCGGGACUACCAAAGCCCUUAUUAGUGACCGAGGAGCGCACUUUUGUAAUGCCGUGAUGGAGAAGGCAUUGGAGUGUUAUGGAGUUACUCACCGUUUGUCUACCGCAUAUCAUCCACAAACAAACGAUCAAGUAGAAAAUGCGAAUAGGGGAGUGAAGAGGAUUCUUGAGAAAACGGUAGGGAAAAGUCGUAAAGAUUGGUCGGACAAGCUUGAUGAUGCUUUGUGGGCAUUCCGUACCGCCUACAAAACACCUCUAGGGACCACACCGUUUAUGAUAGUCUAUGGCAAAGCUUGCCAUCUCCUGGUAGAUUUGGAGCACCGAGCAUUUUGGGCUCUUAAAACCGUGAAUUUAGAUCUUACUCCCGCGGCUAGGAGAAGAUAUUUCCAAAUCCAUGAGUUUGAAGCCCUUAGAGAUGCGGCGUAUGAGCGUUCUUGGAGUAUCAAGGAGAAAACGAAGGCGUUGCAUGAUAGAAAGCUUAAAGGGUUGAAGGAGUUUACAGUUGGUGAUAAAGUGCUUCUUUACAAUUCGAGGUUUAAGUUGUUUCCCGGAAAAUUGAAGUCGAAGUGGACGGGACCAUAUGUAGUGAAGAUGGUGUUUCUGCAUGGUGCGAUUGAGCUAUACGAUAAAGCUAGUGAGAGUUCAUGGAAAGUGAAUGGCCACCGUUUAAAGCAUUACUUAGGAGGGCCGAUUGACAACACCGAGAAGGAGGAAACUCCUCUUGAAGAUCUUCCGAACAUCACUGUUUAG